AUGGCCACCUGGAGCUCAGCCUGCUUCUUCCACUGCCUUCCUGUCCGUGCCUGGCACGCCCUGGCUUCCUUCCUGCCUCCCACCAUCAGAGGAGGGGUGCUGUGGACUCAUCGGCUGCCCGUGGAUUACAGGGAGGUGAAGCACACAGUCACCAGCAUCUGGGAAGAUCUUCAACCGCGGCUCAUGGUGCACGUGGCCUCGGACAGCGCCACCAGGGCCGUGGUUUCCGCCAGGAAAUAUCGCGAUGCCGACGUUCGAGACUUCCGGCCGGAGCACAGCACGCGCCUCCCGCUUGGCCCGGAAGUGAUCGAGGCGUGGGUCAGCAAGAUGGCGGUCAGCCGCAGGCGCGUGGCUGAGGAGGGGAAGGCCCGGGCGUUCUCCCGCGACGCGGGCAGGUAUAUGUCUGAUCACACCUACCUGUCUUUGCACCAUGGAAAUGGGGGUGCUGCGCUCACAGUUCCUCCACUUUCUCCAAGGCUCCCGGCCAGCCUAGUGGGGAAAGCCCUGUAAGUCACCAUCCGGGAGAUGCCGGAGAGGGUGAGAAAGCCCAAGUUCAAAGCCUGGUUCAUGGAAAACUCAACCUGGGUGGUUCCAGCCAAAGAGAACCAAAUGGGACACCGCUCCUUUCCUGGAGCAAAUGAAAUGUUUCAGUCCUGUGUGGAGACUUCAGCUGUGCUUUGA